AUGGAAUACUCAGGCUUGUCAGUCCGGAAAUCCAGACGCAAAUUACUAUCGACACCACACUUCAUCAUUGCACGGCAUUCAAAGACUUCGCCAAGGCCUUCCUCAAGCAUCAUGGGCCUGACCUUUUCAUCCUCGUUCCUGGACGGGUUGAUGCUGAGCAAGAGUCAGUCAGAAUCUCAAAGUGACACAAAUCUACCAUCCUGGGUCCCCGGUCUAACCCUGCCUCCCUUCAUGACACGUACUUGGUCUCGUCACGAAGCGGGGAGACGCUUCUCAGGGCUGACGCCGGAACACCCACUGUUCAACGAUGAUGAUACUGCGAUUCAAGUCGCUGGAAUACACAUGGCCACCAUCAAGCAAGUUUACCCAAGCGUCGAUAUCGAGGCCUUGGCGCCCCAGCUGGAUGCAGACCACAGGAUGAUGGAGAGAUUGGGAUUCCAGGGGCCUUCUUUCACUUCUAUUGAUCCUGCCAGAGCACGCCAAGACAUUCGUACUUUGAUACAGCGGACACACUCGCAUUUUGGAUACAAUGCAACCCCUCCUCUCGGCCGUGCCGAUUGCAUUCGCACUUUGAUGGGCAGGUACUUGUACCCCGAGUGGCUCGGCGAAAACCUCGACCACCGACAACAAUUUUCUCAGUUAUUAACCGCACUUGGGUCAUCAUCUAGGGGCACUUCUGACAAUGGUCUAGCCAAUGGUCCAGCCAAUGUAUUUUUGACCUCCAUGGCCGAGGCCUGGAAGGGCGCUUGUUUGGUUACUGCUACCGUACCGGGACGUGAUGGUGUAUCGGCGGGGAUUGCGCCCAUGACAUCGGAAAAAGGGGACAAGAUUUUUCUUUUCUUUGGGGGUUCAACUCCUCUCCUUACCACGCAUUCACCCCACCCUCAUCCAACUUACAACCUAAUUCCCCCCUCCUUAUCUCGAUCACUUCAUCCAUGGAAUUUCCUUUCAACCCAGAAACCGCUGGAUAACUAUUACAUUUUCACCAUCAUUUAUUUACCCACACCCAGCCCAUUUUUCAUUAAUUAUCAUUUAUUCAUCUAUAUUCCCUCGAGAUUUCACCCGCUAACAAUCUCUCUCCUUUUUCACUCCCUCUUCUUCUCCACCUCCUCUUUCAAUGCCUUUUCCAACUUUCCAUCCCCCCAUUUUUCUCAUCCCCUUACCGGUUGCUGCCAACUCCUCCUUCAAGACCCCUGA